ACGGUUAGACAAAUCCUGGAAGACCCCCCUAGCUGUUUUGACUGGAAGACCCUCCGUCUCCAGAUGGGACCAAAGACCUCCGCAGGCUCCGGCGAAUGCAGUAUGAGGGUAAGUACCCAUACUACUAUUACGGUACUAGUCUACAAAAAAGUGAAGACAAGCUGGCCUCAUUGUCCAUAUUUGGCAAGAUUUAGUGGUGGCAGACUCACAUGACUGACAAAAUGUACGCCUUUUUUGGAGGGCUCCGACCUUGGCCUUGGCCGAACGCAUGAAAACGGAAGGGUAGUACAAAUAUAGGGAGGUACUAGGUCGCCCUACCGUUUUGCACCAUCCUUGUGUGGGAUCGAAGACGGAAACGUCUUGCAAGAGUGUUGCACUUUUGCUUGAUCCGAAUACGUGCUUUGGAAUGGAUCUGCGCGCCAUCAACAAAACAGCCCGCAAAGAUCUUAGUCAAGUUAUUAGUCAGAAGUCAGAGACGAGGGUGGUUUGUGAAAUUGUCACCCGCUUCACGCUCAAUAUUGUUCUACCGGUAGUUAUAGUUUGUUAGCUGUGCUCGUAGGUGUAAGUGAGCGUUAGAGUAGGGAGCGGAGAAUAUCAAUCUGAAACUACAAAAAGGGAAAGGGAAAGGGUAGAACGAGUUACGUAGGGCCGUAGGCAACAACGUUAUAGGCGCAAUGUUCUCCCCCGCGACUUCGAGUGGCUCGCUGGCUACCACAUUUUUGGUACUUUUGUUGCCAGGAUUGAGUGUAGCUCAAUCAUCGUUCACUCUCCUCUCGGCCUAUUUUAGUAAUGGUGGUGUUGCUGGCCACGUAGACAUUAGCGGCUCUAUUGCUAUUCACACGAGAGCAUCAACCCCUGAACCUAUCACUAUAACGUUGAAUUCAUUGACCGGCUUUCCAAGCGGUGGCAGUGGUGCUCUUCGGUGGGGAGUCAACGAGCGAGCUUUCCGGCCAGGAGUGCAGAGCAAUGCGUGUGGCACGGAGUCCGUCGGCGGUCUGUGGGAUCCUGAGAUGAAAGCUACAGCCCAAGACUAUGCCACCAACUGCCUGCCAACUGCGUCCAGUCGCUUCACCGAUUGUGCUGCGGGAGACCUCUCUGGCAAGUUCGGUCCGCCGUCAUCGUCUGGAACCUUCGCCGACUCGUCCGCACUUCGUCUGAUUGACUUUCUGGGAAGAUCGCUGGUCCUCCGCUACUCCAAUGGUACCGCGCUUGCCUGUGCAAAUAUUGUCUACGUUUAUCCAGAUGGCAAUGCUGCGGGAACGUCUCGACCCUCUCCUACCACAUCGUGUCAAAACAUGCCGGCUCCAUCCGCUUUCCAAGCACAGUUCGUCUGGCCGGUAGCUGGUGACAUGUUGUUUCGCUACUACUCCAGGGCGUCGUCAGUCAUCGGAGUCAACAUAGCAGCACAGCUCUACGAUGUGACUGGCUCGGGAAACCUGACCGGCCUGUCCUGGACAGCGCAUCCAGCGGAAAUAUCGCAUGCCGAAAUGACGAGGAGCAAGGGAGCGCGCUGCACGGGGGCUGGCAUGCCACUGGUCAACUACACCGCAGCAUACCAGGCGGAAGUGAGCGUGGGUGCCACUCCAGAGCGUGGUCAUCAAAUCCUGUCCUUUUCUGGCAACGGCAGUCACGCACCGGUCAAUGGCUCUAGUAUCAAAUCCAUCAUUCUCUGGCAAGGGAGUGAAGCGCUGGCAUGCGCCAAUGUCUAUAGCAGUAAGCUGAUGUCUGUUAGGGCAUCAUUUCCGGUUACAGGAAACACGGUGACAUACACACAGCAAAGUCCACUGGAUACAGUGUUGCGUCAGGUCAGCACUGCCACUACUCUCGGCAGCACAGGCGGUACUCUGCGUAUCAGGAAUUCACCAGUUAAUCCACUCGCAAGAUCAACUCAGCAUGGCUCUGACAACGGUAUGUGUUCCUCUACAGGUCUUCUGUUCAGUCUCACGGCCAGGACGGCACCGGUGUCAGUGACUGAUGGUACGGCAACAAGCAGCGUCGGCUGUGUGGAGUCGCACACACUCUUUGGUUAUUCCAGCGUUGUGCACCGGUCUGCUACGAUAGAAAGCAUGUCAGGAUCAUCCCCCAUCCAGCAGUGUGCAACUAUUCUUCCGCUGAACUUGCCCAACGCAACGCGCACGCUUCAGGCUAGGCUUACCUUCCCCAGCGACAGUGAGGUGCAGGGCAGCAUCUACUUCACUCAAUAUGCGUAUGACGACGGCAGCUACUCCGAUACGUAUGCUCUCUUCCGACUUGGUAACAGCAGCGCUACUACGUCCGGGCACAACUUCCAUGUUCACGUGGAGCGUGUUCUGCCAUACAACAACUCGCUAUGCGGCGUGACCGGGGGGCACUACAACCCGCUGAACGUCAACUUGUCAUCGGCGACUGGCUAUAGCACGGCAUGCGGACCGCGCUCUCAACUGCGCUGUGAGGUUGGAGAUCUGUCCGGCAAGAUAGGCCAGCUGACCAUUGACGGCACUGCUCGCAUGUACCCCAUCGCUCAACUGCCGCUGGAGGGGCCUAAUUCUGUGUUUGGACGCUCCAUCGUCAUCCACGCUGCCAACGGCGGCGCUCCUCGCAUAGCCUGUGCGAACAUCAUCGGCGUAGCAGCAGCUGAUGCUUACAUUGCUUUUCGAGUGCCUGCUGGUGGAUUCAUGGCAGGAGCCUUCAGCACGGCCGUCCAGACUUGGCUGUCGACUAGUAGUGCUGUCGAGCAAAUCAAUAUCACCCACGUUACCUCGACGGUUGACCCUGGCACCAACUGCGUGUUCGUCAACUUUGCAAUCGAGUCGAGCAGCGAGACGGUCUCUCAACGCCUUGCUCGGGAUGUGUUGACAGCACCACUGGGCAUAUACUCUCAUCGUGGCUCCUGCCUGGACCCGUCCCUCGUCAGCAGUGCUGUCAGCCCUUCCAUCCUGGCUGGUAGCUCGCCAUGGCUGCUAAUCUUCUCGCUGUGUACUGCCAUUCGCAUGGUGUUUCUCCUUCUCCGCUGAGGUCACAAGGUACACCAGGCUACAUGGUCACAAGGUACACCAGGCUACAUGGUCACAAGGUACACCAGGCUACAUGGUCACAAGGUACACCACUCACCAGGCUACAUGGUCACAAGGUACACCAGGCUACAUGGUCACAAGGUACACCAGGCUACAUGGUCACAAGGUACACCAGGCUACAUGCGGAAAUUCCUGCUGGUUAUUCGUUUAUAGCACGUCAAGAUACACUUGAACUUUUGAGAUGCACAUAGCCGUUGAAUUACGCACAGGCGUGAAUGUAAUAGCUCAAGCUCGUAGGCAGCGUUUUAUAGCUUUGUCUGUUUAGAAGUGCUGCUCUGUAGCUGAGUUCUCAUGGUAUUCACAAGAGGACAUUUUUUAUAACUACAUCUUUUUUUAAAAGUAUAUGUAACGUUAACUUCCACCGCACACACCUGUACAUUGUGACACAACUAAAUGCAAAUCUGUGAAGCCAUCAUCUUUGCUGGCUGUAGAUCGGGAAGUCGGCAAGCACUGAUUCCCUGCUGUAGACUAACUUACCAGAAGCGAUUGUUGAUAUCAUCUACACGCUGCACAGUUUACCUUUGCCAAGCAGCUCCCGAUUAAUUCCCUCUAAUGGAAUAGCAUUGCACCUGGUGUG